UUCAGUUGCUAUGUAGUCUGGGGUUUUGUUGCUUUGGUUUUUUUUUUUUAUCAUGGUGUGCUGCUGUGCAUGGUAUCAGUAUGGUAAAAGUGAAAGUGUAAAUUGGUCCAAUUGACGCUGUUACCUUAAUAGUUUAAGUGGGGUUGUAGCUUGCUUACAUAGAUGCAAUGCAAUUACCGUAUUGGCUAACGCUAUUUUUCAGACAAAAUGUGAGCUCAGCACUUGUUUUCAGCCUUCAGUACUCUGGUAUAAGCAGGUCCUCCUUAAUCUAUUAAAAGAUUUUUAUGGUGGAAAAAAGACAAAUUCCUAGACUAAGUUUAUGUGUUGCUGCCCUGGUUUUCAGGACCAAGAAUCUCACUUUUCUUUGAGUGCAGCCUCAGUACCUAUGUGUUAAAAGAGGUAAUUGCACUAGAAAUCAAAAGGCAGCUAUGAAGCUGACAGUCAUGGAAUUAAGAAAAUCUAAAUGGAUAGAUUGCAGUGGUGUUUCGCUGAGCUUUAAGGAGCUGGGAAUCAAAAGAUUUUGUAAUGCAAAUUCAUUUUUUUGGAAGUUGCUUAGUGUAUUGGUUUUAGUCUUGCCAGCAAGUGUUUGGACUGCUGAUGGAAAUUUCAGACUUGUAAUUCAGUUCACUUUUUAAAAGGGAGAUUCUGGGAGGAAACAAAUUACUUUUUAUAUUAUGGUAUAUGGUCAUGUUAGAAAUGGUAUUUAGUAGAACCCUUCCCUGCUUUCAACAGGAAUAUUGAAGUCGAUGGCCUAAGAGCUUGAGUCCUUAUAAGUUGGUGGAGGCAAUUCAGAAAUGGUUAUCAAAACAGACCAGUGUGGCUGUUGUUUAUCUGUUUGCUCUGACUUUUUCAACAUUGAAAUGAUAGAGGAAUAUGAGGGAAAAAUUCUUCUCUUUACAAAAUCCUCUGUGUACUAGGUUAGGACUACUUUUACAUUAAUUGUGCAGCACAGUAAGAAAUAACUGAAACCAAUAGAUGCCUGUAAUUCUGUGGUGUCUUGCAGUUCCUGGUGUUGGUUAAAACAGAUGCACAUUGGAAAUUAAGUUUUUGUUUUGUUUUCAGAUGCUGAAUGAUGAUUUAGACUGAACAAUUAAGGGAACUUGUGAUUUCAGUAGGACAGAAAAAAUAAAUGCAACUUGUUCCCUGCACUGAAGUUGAAGAACAGGUCUAGGAAACCAGGAGGAUCUAUUCCUGUAACAAUGGCAGCAAAAUCAUCACUCCUUAAAGUAAUACUGCUAGGAGAUGGUGGAGUUGGAAAGAGUUCCCUUAUGAACAGAUAUGUCACCAACAAGUUUGAUGCACAGCUGUUUCAUACAAUAGGUGUGGAAUUCUUAAAUAAAGAGUUGGAAGUUGAUGGACAUCUUGUUACAAUGCAGAUAUGGGACACAGCAGGUCAGGAACGUUUCAGGAGCUUGCGGACUCCUUUCUAUAGAGGUUCUGACUGUUGUCUGCUAACCUUCAGUGUGGAUGACUCUCAAAGCUUUCAAAACUUAAGCAAUUGGAAGAAAGAAUUCAUUUAUUAUGCAGAUGUCAAGGAGCCUGAAAGUUUUCCAUUUGUGAUACUGGGUAACAAAGUUGAUAUCGAUGAAAGGCAAGUGUCUACGGAAGAAGCCCAAGACUGGUGCAGGAAUAAUGGCAACCAUCCCUAUUUUGAAACCAGUGCAAAGGAUGCCACUAAUGUUGCAGCAGCCUUUGAAGAAGCAGUUAGAAGAGUUCUAGCCUCUGAAGAUAGAUCAGAUCACUUUAUUCAAACAGAUACAGUGAACCUUCAUCGGAAACCAAAACCCAGUUCGUCUUGUUGUUGACUUAAGUUGGCUUUUUUUUUUUGCCAAAUUACCUUUAACUAGCUUGCCAUAUAAAAGGAUGGGGAAUUGUAGUAGAUAAAAUAACAAAGGGGUUUCACUCUAAUAUUAAAAAUUGUCAUGUUCUGCUGCUUUCUUGGGGGAGCAAAAUAAAAAAUUCCAUUCAUGAGUGACCCCUUAUUGAAUUAGUGACACUUCCUCUUUAGGAAGGUGCCGAGUAAAAGCAUUAAUAUAAGAAUUUAAUUUGCCAACUUUAUUCAAAUGAGAAAAACUUUGCAUAUAAUUAAAACUUGAACGUUCUAGAAGCACUACUUUGGAGAAACUGUUCUGGAAUUCAGGCACAAAGAUACUUUUAUAUGUGUAUAUUUUUAUGAAAUAGGCAUUCCAUUUUUGUUUCAUUAGAAGUCAGUUUCUUGACAAUGCUAGAUAUUAAACUUCAGUCUCACUACAUUCCUUUUGCUGUGAGUGGUAAUUCAUCUCUAAUGGGUUUAUUAUAAGUUAAUAUAAAUUACCUUCAGGUCUUUUCUAAUUGCCUAAUGUUGCCGUAUGUUGCUGUAAUUUGUGUAGGUUUUUAAGUAGGAAACAAAUUUCCUACCUAUUUAUUGUCCAUUUUCCUUUCAUGUACUAUUCUAAUGCUGUACUAAUUUUUCCAGCAGUUUAACGCAAGAUAUUGAUGGGGUUUUAAGUUAAUACAUGUCUUUGCCUUAAGUCCCAUUCUAGCAUGUUUGUGAUCAGUAAGGUAAAAAUCUAACUGAAGUAUAACCAUUUUUAGUCAUGAAAAAAGAUAGGCUUUAUUCAGUCAGCUUUAAUAGCACUUGAAGGGAUCUACAUUAUGACAAAUUUGUAAGCGUACUUCUAGUAUACAGCCUUAAACUUCCAAACUUCUUGUUCCUGUUAACCUGAGCUAUGAAUGUGUUUACUAGUAAUCUCUGCACUGUGAAACUAAGGAUUGGCAAUAUAUGUAGAGAACUCAGGAAGCUCUUGACUUAGAUUGUGACAGCUUUCAGCCCUAAUAUGAGUAAAUACCUACCGUUAGUUUGAGCUGAAUUUGAUCCACCUUUAAUUUGCUACUUGGGAUAUGGAUUUACACAUUUAAAACUGUCUUUUAUAUUACUGUACCGAUUACAUGGUGAUGAACAGAAGCAAAUUUUGUAUUUAAUGGACAGUCUUUCUGCAGUAAUGCAGAUGAAACCACAGAAGGUGUAUUUGAGGCUCUUCAUUGCAGUUAAGCGGUAGAAUACUUGUAUGAGAAGCUGUUGAAUGUUGGCUCUUGGUGUACCCACUGUCUUUGUAAUGGCAAACUUGAUAGUGCACUAUUGCUUCAGUGUGUAAUCUGACUGCUAACAGGCACGCACAUACGCACAUUGUGGACUUCGCAAGGAAGUCUGAGGCCUAUAGGACCAGCUAUGUUACUCACUAAACUACACAGACUCUACUUUCUGUGCAGCAACUUUUUUGUUCCAAUAGGAAAGACUUUGAGAGUACAGUAACAGCAAGAGUUUUCUCUUAACAUAUGUUUGGUCUGUACCAGGUGUAAUUAUUUGGAAGUAAAGCUUGCAAAACAAA